AUGUGGGCCCGGGGGCUGUGGGCGCUGCUGGCCGCGCUGCGGGCGGGAUGGUGCCUGCUGCCGCAGGCCGGUUACCUGCACCCCGACGAAUUCUUCCAGUCCCCCGAGGUGAUGGCCGGAGACAUUUUAAACCUACAGGUCUAUUAUCCUUGGGAGUUCCUUUCCAGCUCUCCUUGCAGAACAGUUGUUUUUCCAUUAAUGACAUCUGGAGUUACCUACUGGGUGAUCAAGUCUUUGCAGGAGCUGGACAUGUGUUCAAGUUGCAUCAACAGCUACACCCUGCUUGUAUCACCUCGCAUUCUCUUUACAAUCUUCUCUUUCAUACUCGACUAUAGUGUUUAUCGAGUAGCUCCUUUUUGGGAAGCAGAUCCAUGGAAAGCACUGGUACUUCUUGCUGGAUCCUAUGUCACUCUGGUAUUUUAUACAAGAACAUUUACCAACACACUUGAAGGACUUCUCUUUGCUCUUUUGAUGGUAUUGAUUUCCCCAAGAAAGUCUAAUGGCAGCCUAGUGGAGCCUACAAGCAGCCCUCUCAUAGGCAUUAUAACCACUGCUGGGUUUUUCAACAGGCCAACAUUUUUGGCAUUUGCUCUCAUGCCCUUACUUUACUGGACAGGUUUUAUUGUUGACUCUCAAAAGAGCAUUAAAACUGUCAUGAACCACUUUUUGAAGCUUGUCCUAUGUGCAUGCUUCACUGCCACUGUUUUCAUAACAGCCGACACCUUCUAUUUUACCUCCAUGAGCUUAGACAACAUCUACAGCAUUAAAAAGAGCAGUGUACUUGAUGUAUUAGGUCAGUUAAAUGAGAAAAUUGUAAUAACCCCUUUCAAUUUUCUAAGGUACAAUUUUAAUCCUAAUAAUCUUGCACUGCAUGGAAGUCACCCACGAGUUACACAUUUUGCAGUCAACGGAAUAAUGCUCUUUGGUAUCUUACAUGUUCUGGCCAUCUGUGCUGGUUUUAAAAUGUUAAAGAAAUAUAUCCAUCAGUUAAUAUGGGUCAAACCACAUUGCCAUGGGUCAUCCGGGCUAUCAGUGCAUUCCGAGGGCAAUCCAACGUUACUGCUGUUUUAUCUUGUUCCUUUAGGAUUUCUCUCCCUCUUCAGUCACCAAGAACCUCGGUUUCUCAUUCCGCUCAUCCUGCCACUGGUCCUGUUCAGCACGUCACAGAACAGAGCUGUGAAGUGGAAACAUGUUAUUAUUUUUUUCAAUGUUCUUGGGGCUCUGUUGUUUGGGUGCUUACAUCAAGGAGGACUGAUACCAUGCCUGUUUCAGUUGGAGCAACUUGUGCAUUCUCCAGAGUCUUCAAACCAUCCAAGACACUAUUCUUUACUCUUUGCUCACACCUACAUGCCUCCCAGGUCUCUGCUUAAUAUCAAGAAGAGAGACACACAUAUAGAAGUCAUUGAUAUGGCUGGGUGUGAAGAAGGAGCCCUCUGCCAAGCAGUAGAGCAGCAAGCAAACACUUUUACCUGCAACAACUGUCACGUUUUUGUUAUAAUCCCUGGUACAGUCAGAGCCACAAUUACAAAAUGUGGUGUCUCAUUCAAGAAUGAGACUUUGGUAUUUCCCCACUUAUCAAUGGAAGACCCACCACAAAUACCCUUCCUAUUCAGUGGAAAGUGGAGAAGUCAGUUAGGACUAUACAUCCUUCAGGUAGACAGAGAUCAGCAGCACCUUUAG